UGCUUGGCUUUGGCCGUUCGGAGCUUUUGAAAUGCGUUGUUUAGAAUCGAAUUUAUGACAUUCUUAGAGAAUUAGAAGACUUAAAAUGGACGUAGACUGCGAGUUAGAUGGCGAUUUGUUGACGAAAUUUAGUUGUCUGGGAACGACUGAUCACGAUGUCCUUAUUAGUGAGCUUCAAAGAUUACUGGAUUUUCAACUCAACCCGACAGGAUGUGCUUUCUUCUUAGACAUGACGAACUGGAAUCUCCAGGCAGCAGUAGGCGCAUAUUAUGAUUUCAAUGGUUCUCAGGACAAGCUUCCAACUAUGUCUUUUAUCCGAGAUGUGACAAUAGGAGAAGGGGAAUCAGUUCAACCAAAUACAAGCUUUGUGAAAACCUGGAGAAUUCAGAAUAAUGGAAAUACUGCUUGGCCAUCUGGAGUGUUUUUAAAAUACACAGCUGGAGAUCAGUUGGGUCCUGUAAAUUUGGUGUCUGUUAAACCUUUGGAUGCUGGUGAAUAUUACGAUCUAAGUGUCAACAUGAUUUCACCUGGGAAACCAGGCAUGUAUCAGGGGCAGUGGCGCAUGUGCCUGCCAUCAGGACAAUAUUUUGGGGAUGUUAUAUGGGUUAUUCUGUGUGUAGAUGAAGGAGGACUUUUAGGACUGACACAGCAGUUGUCUACCUUAGGAAGAGAAAUGAACUCAUAUCCAGGAUCUAAUCCUGCAUCACCCUCUGCUAAUCCCUUUGGACUUUCAACCCCCAUUGGAACCUCUCCACAACCUAUUUAUUCUGUUCCCCAUAACAGUCCUGCUAAUGGAGUCUUACACAUUUCACCAGCUAGGAGAUCACUUUUUAAUUCCAUGGUCAAUGGAGAUCAUUUAGAGCCUCUUAUUAGUCCUAGCAUACAAGUUGGUUCAACAUUAAAUAGCAAAGAAGAGGAGAGUUUAGUAAAUCAGUUAAGAGAUGCAUCACUUUUACAAGAUUCAGACCCUGAUCACUCAUGAUGCAUUUAGUGCCACAGUUUGUAAUUCUAUUGAGUAAAAUGCACCCUGCUUUACAGCUUUGAUGUGCUGUCAAAGAGGAGUCAAAGUGAUUUUUCACAUUAGGCUGACUUGAAGCAGAAAUUGCUGGUGGAACGAAUCACAUGGAGGUCGUAAGCCACCUUAAUAUUAAUGUAGAUUAGAUUUUUAAAGUUGCACAUAUGGACUAAAAAUUGUAUUAUAAAAUAAUGAUGCAGAUUUAUCAGGUCUCCACAUAUUGUCUGAGGAUGUCAUGAAUGUGAAUAAUGCUUAAAGUAUUAAUUUUUCAAGAGGCAAUUUAUUUUUUACUCAGUUAUUGAGUGGAUUCGUUAUUUAUGGUGCACUAAGUAUGCAUUGUUUUAUCCAUUGUGAACGUUUGGAGUGGAUUGUGGAAUGCCAUCACGUAUGUAUCUUUCCUCACUCUUGGCUAAUUGUCAGACAUUGCUAAAAAAUACAUGUAUCAAACUUUGGGAAAAACAGUUAAUUGUUCUAGUAUCUGUAAUACUCUGUAAAAGACGGUUUCUAACAUUCUAUAGUUCUGUGUCCAUCUUAGCCAAACUUUGACAAUUCAUAAGUUUGUUGUAUGUUCCUUUUGUCAAUUUUAUUAUAGGCUUUCUUCUGGAUUGCAUUCAUUUUAAUGGCAUUUUGUUGUUUCUUCCAUGUUACAUUGUACUGCGUAAAAUUAAUGUUAUUUGAUCAUCCUGAAUUCUAUGGCACCUUUAAGAAUGAUCAAGAAAUUUCUUGCUAAGUCAAGCAGCUGGUUAAUUUUAAUUUACAGCAGUGACCUUA